AUGUUGGUGACUUUCAACUCCAGGUCUCAAAAUGGCAAUAAAGUUCGAGAUGUCUCGUUAUCUAAUCCUAGUAAUGAAGCUCUAAAAGUUAAACAAGAGAAAGAUAUAUCGUCAAAUGGAACUGGCAAUAUCUUUGAAUCAUCGGUACCUAUUGCCCAGCUGAAACCAACAAAUGAACCGGGAUCGGUAAAGAUGAUCAAAAAUUCAACAGAUUUUCAUAAAUUUAAAGAAUCAGGUAGAUCUCGUUAUGGCUGUAUUACAUGCAAAAUACGCAAGAAGAAAUGUGACGAAACAAGACCUGUUUGUUCGGAUUGCUCUAGAUUAAGUAAAAAGUGCUAUUACGUUGAUCGCGAUACAAUGACAAACGAAGAGAUACAAUCACUAAAGAAGAAAGUUGAAAUCGAGGAAAGUAAUCAUAAAUUAAGAAAGAGAAAGUUGAAACCGAAUCAAGUGCAAGCGUCAGCAGAUGAACAACAAAAAUCAAGAAACAAGAAUAAAAAGAGGAAAAAGAAGGAAAAGGAAAAUGUUGCUUCAAUGCAGCAAGAGAUUGAACCUUUUCCAUCAAAGAUUUCGACUUUUUCUUCAACUUCAUCAUCAUCAACAACAACUACAGCAAGUUGUCCCAAAGUGGACUCACCAAUAACAACAAGCAAUAUAAAAGAAACUUUGCUGGAGACUAAAGAGCCUGUGACUCCACAAUUCGAAUCUGCUGACGGAAUACUUGUGCCUUCAAAAAGCAUGGUACUGUCGCAUUCUAUCGAAUCAUUGAGCCUGUUCGCUUUUGAUCAUGAUUCAGCAUCACCCUCAACAUUUCUAAAUUUACUCAAGGAAAUGUCUCGAGGGCAUGAUUACAUCACGCAAGCCAACAAAAUAGAGGAACAACCUGAUGAUCAUUUAGAGCUUGCAAGUUUUAUGCAUUUACCUACUUUCAAUGGAAUUAUAGCAGACUCUUUUGACCAGGACGUCACCACCAGUACCACCACCACCACAACAACAACAACAAUUACCACCAAUAAUCAUUCAAACGGAGCAUCUACAAGCUACUUGGAUUUAAUUUCAUCGAUCAACGCACACCUCACUCCUAGCCCUCAACCGCCUUUGUAUAUUCCUGAACUUGUUAAUCCGUCUUACAGUUUUCUAUACAACUAUUAUGUUGAUGUUAUAACAAACAAGAUCUCCAUCGCGCCCGUUUCGCAAGACGAAGCAAAUUCUUAUCAAAAAAUAUUCCUACCGCUUGCUCAUAAGGACAAAGGGGUAUUUUAUAGUCUCUUGGCAUGGGCCGGCUAUCAACUAGGAGGAACAUGGGAAGAAGAAGCACAAAAUUUUGUUAAAAAGGCUUUGGUACAUUUUCACUCAAAGGGCGAUGAAGAUAGACAAUCUGUGAUUACUAAAUUAGCAUUAAUUUUGACUCUUUGUGCCGCUGAGAUAUGUAAUGGAGAUGUCAAAAAAUGGGGAGUGUAUUUGAACUGGGGUUGGAAGCUAUUGGAGUCGCAUGGUGGUAUUGCUGAGUUCAACAAGUCCAAAGAAGAACAUUGGUUGACUACGAUUUUUGCCUAUCAUGAUUUAUUAGCAAGCCCUGCUGUUCAGAGGGGUACUUAUUAUUCGCCAUUGAUAUAUGACCGUAUCUUUGACGAUAGUGAAGGAUUCAUGAAGGGACAGUUGCAUCCGCUUAUUGGGGUUGCCAAAAGAUUGUUCAGAUUGAUCGGGGAUAUAUCUGACUUGUUGUACAAAAGUAGGAAAUUACUAAAGGAAUACUAUGAACGAGGCACUAACGACGACACUAGCGAUACUUGUAUGGAAGCAAAGGAUGAUGGAUUUUUGGACUCGGAUUUGGACUUUAGUGACACCGAAUCUGAAAUUAGUCAAUAUGGCAAAUCAGCAAAAUUAUUAUCCUACGUCAUUACAAAGGCAAAUGAGUUGGAACAACAAAUAGACGAGUCCAAACCUGAUAAAAAGGAUCUUUACAAUUUAUCAGAUCAUGACCUUGAGCUACAGUUGACCCUAUUUGAAGCUUUUCAAUUGAGUGCAAAGUUAUUUCUCAGACAGUCUGUACUAAAAUGCAAUCCAUCGCACUUGGAGUCCCAAGUAAUGAAUAUUAAUUUGAUAAAGUGUUUGGAUAUCCUAAUUGGCUCCCCUGUACAGGCAUCUUUGGUGUUUCCCACUUUUAUUGCAGGAAUACAUUGUGUUUCUAAACAUGAUCAACAAGCAAUGCAAGAAAGAGUUAAGGUGUUUAUCAAAACUUACGGCAUGUUCAAUGUCAAUAGGGUGAAAGACAUUAUGGAGAAAAUCUGGAAAAAAAACUCGAAUGGAAACCAAGUACUUGACUGGCACGAGAUUUUGGACGAAUUAGGUUGGGAUUUGAACUUUGCCUAA